GUUUGUACAUCACAAAAUAUAAAUGCAAGUUUUGGCGAGCGAAGAUUGGAAUAAGACUUAAAAUAAAACUGCCAAUAACGAGCUCAUAUGAUUACUGUUAAUUAUUACCUCUGCUCAAACAACGUUAUUUCUAGACUCAAACAAUGUACAUAUACAGUUGUGUGCUUCACUAAUAAGAACGAAAGACAUUAUUGCAGGUGUAACACAUCGAGUUAAACUUGUUGCUGCGUACUUAUGUUAUGAGUUUUAUACCCCUUGUAUGAUAUUUCCCCUUUUAACUUUAAUUAUCAAAAAUGUUCAUGUAGAUAACUUGAGACGAGCACACCUUUCAGUUUCUCUACUCGUUUACGGUAUAAUGAGAGCAAGAGUUUCCAAUAAAGUAUUUGUAGUGCAUAGAUUUUUCAAAUUCGAAAUCGUAUAUAUGAAAUAGAUAAAAUUGCCAGGACAGUGCGAAAUAAUAUCACAUUUUUCCCUAAAAGGAAUAUAAGCAUGCGAAUUAUCUUGUCUCGGUUCAGAGAUUAUUCCGUGCUGAGAAACAAUUUUUAGUUUUGAAUUAAAUUUUGGUUGCGUAUGGUUUCGUAAGUAAUCACAAUCGUACAUAAUUUUCCCCUUGAUACACGUGGAAAAAUCUGAUUCGAUGUUUACGCUGUCUUUCCUGAGUAAAUAUAACCAACACGAGUGACGAAUACACACGCCUCAGGUUUUGCUGUUGAACCAAUGUGAAAAUUUCUGUUUGUAACUUGUUCGUAAUCAGUAUUCCAUUAUGAGGUUAUGUGUCGUGUUUGCUGUGCUGUUUUUCGUCGAAGCCGUCAUCGGACAAUUUGCAACCGUGCGAAUGAAGAGUGUUGUUGUGAAAGAUGACGAAGAAGACGAUGAUUUUGUAGCUACUGAAGAAUGGCAAACAGUGAAAAAAGGCCAGUCUGUACCAAGUGGGCUUCAUGUGAGACUAAAUCUGGAGACAGGAGAGACAGAAGCGAAACUUCUUGAUCCAAGUGAGAGACCAGGGGCUACUGCUGUUGCACCUGUAUAUGAUGAAGCAGCCAAGGAUGAAAACUCCGAUAUUACCGAAAAUAAAGAACGAAUUAGGGAGUCUAUUUUGAAUAUAGAAAGUGUUGAAGAUUCUAUAACAACAGAAGAGGACAUUGAACGAGUGCGGAAGAGAUUUAGAUCCUAUGAUGAAUUGAAAAAGAAAUUUGAAGAAUUAAACUUGAAUAUAAAAACUGAUCUAGAAUUAUUGAAUGAGUUGCUUGCAAAGUUCAGAGCAAGUGAACUGAAAGAGGAUGAGGGUGAAGAUGAAUUAAUAGCUAUUUUGACUGAUCUAGAAUAUAUGGUGCACCAAGUGGACAAUGCAAAGGAGUUUGUUCAAGCAGGAGGGAUUUUGGAGAUACUGCCAUUGCUGAAUGCCACCUCUCCGCGACUACGUUCAGUCGCAGCACACUUAUUGGGCUCAGCAGCGCAGAGCAAUCCUAGAGUGCAGAUUGCUCUGCUAGAGGCAGGUGCACUUCCAGCACUCGUUCGUGCUGUUGCACUAGACACAGAUCCCACAGUUCGUUCUCGUGCACUGUUUGCCUUAUCUUGCCUUAUUCGCAAUUUUCCAAUUGCUCAGGCACAGUUUGUAACUGAAGGAGGUUUGUCAGGCCUUGCAGAAUUGUUUGCUGGUGGUGAUAGCCAUGACAAACUAAAACUCCAGCUGAAAGUUGCAACUCUGCUGCAAGAUCUACUGCAAGAACGUACCGAUGCUCUUAUGGCUGAAGAUAAACAGAGAGAAGAACGAAUAAGGCAGUAUGAACAAGCUGGUUUGGAGGCUCAUCUCUCUGAACAAGGCUGGUGCCGGAGGGUUGUCCAGUUGCUAGCAAGCCAGGCUCAAGUUCCUGCAGAAGGCUUCAAUAAGGUUCGACGGGAUGACUUCAGUUCUGCAGUAUCCCAGGGAGUGCCUGUUUUAACACACCAUGAUGCUGUAGAGAAGGCCGCAGGCGCAGUGCUUGCAUUGGCACGAGGACCAUGUCACAAAGAAUAUCGCGGAAACAGUCGGCUAAUUUCAGUAAUUAAUGAACUCCGUGUGUGGUACAGUGAACUAGCAUCACGAGAGACACAGCCAGAUGGACAGUACUUCUCUGGUCUUUUUGAGCUUUUUGAUCAACUUAGUAUUGAAGUUGGAAUCAAAACUGGAACUAAAGAUGAACUUUGACUGUGAUUGAGUGUGAAAUAAAUUGUGCAUUAUAUGAAAGUUCCUAGGACAUGGUUCAUAGUCUUAUGAUUUUUUGUGUAUGUGUUUGUAUAAAUAGUAUGUGGACUUUUGCAAUUAAAUUUGAGACUUGAUCCGCAUACAAAACAACAAAGGGACCCUCUGCUAAGUGGAGAUUGUUUUGGAUGGAAAUAGUGUUUAUGGAAGUAUGUUGAAUUCAUUUUUUAUUAAAAUUUGAGAUGUAUUUAUUUUUUGUAGCUUGUGCAGCUAAUAAUUUUAAAUUUAUUUUUGAAGGGAGAA